AUAGUGUUAUUUUUUGAAAUCAGACGUAUCAUUUUGAAUAAAAUAUAUAUUAAAAAAUUAGAUUACAUAAGACAAAAUGGACUUUCAAAAUCGUCCUGGAGGAAAAACAGGAGGUGGUGGUGUGGCUUCUUGGUCAGAAAGUAACCGAGAUCGUAGAGAACGUCUUCGUCAAUUAGCCUUAGAGACAAUCGAUUUGAAUAAGGAUCCUUAUUUUAUGAAAAAUCAUUUAGGCUCAUAUGAAUGUAAAUUAUGUCUUACUUUACAUAAUAAUGAAGGUAGUUACUUAGCACAUACUCAGGGAAAAAAACAUCAAGCUAAUUUAGCAAGAAGGGCUGCCAAAGAAGCUAAAGAAGCUCCGCAGACCUUAGCACCAGAAAAGCCACGAGUUGAGCCUAAAAAAUUUGUUAAAAUUGGUCGGCCUGGUUAUCGUGUUACAAAGCAAAGAGAUCCCGAGUCAGGACAACAAAGUCUUUUAUUUCAAGUUGAUUACCCAGAAGUUGCUGAUAAUGUUAUUCCGAGGCAUAGAUUUAUGUCAGCUUAUGAGCAAAGAGUAGAACCUCCAGAUCGUAAAUGGCAAUAUUUACUUUUUGCUGCAGAACCUUAUGAAACAAUUGCUUUUAAGGUGCCAAGUAGAGAAGUAGAAAAAGCAGAAGGAAAAUUUUGGACACACUGGAAUCGUGACACAAAGCAAUUCUUCCUACAAUUUGCAUUUAAAAAUGAAAAACCUUCAGUUGGAAAAAUUCCACCGCCACCAGUUCCAUUAAUAAGACCUGGAUUAGGACCACCAAUGAUGCCAGUUCCACCACCUCCAAGACCACCUAUUUUCAAUCCUGUACCUCCACCUCCAUCUAUAAUGACUGCAGGUUUGCAAAUUCCUCCACCACCACCUCAUCUUGCUUAAUUUUUUAGAAUUUUUUAUUUAAUCGCAAAAAUUCAACGUACGUAUAAGUAACGUUAGUGGGAAAUACAUUAUUUGUUUAAUGAAUUGAAUGUGAAAUAAACAAUGGAAAUAUUAAAAGAAAAAAAGGUAA